GUAGUAAGAUGGCGUUCCGCACGACACAGGCAUAUCGAUUGUGUGUGUAGGGCGGCCGGCAUGUGUGAAGAAGACUGUCGGACGCAACACGAUUUUCGUAACGGCUCCUCGCGAGAUUCGAGACUGUUCGGGUAGACCGAACGAUGAGCACGAUCGGGAGAUGAUGCCCGGCACGUCUCGCCAGCUGGAAACGCCUAACGAUAAUCCUGAGUGGGAUACUUUAAUGGAGGUCCAUCAUGAGCCGAUUGAAAAGAACUAUCAGCUGCUUGAAGAGAUUGGCAAGGGUCAAUUUGCUAUUGUACGAAAAUGCCAGGAAAUAAAAACUGGAGCAUUGUAUGCUGCAAAAAUCAUGAGGAAGAGGCGGGUUGCUAGAGGAGUGGCUGCUGCUGACAUUGCACGAGAAGCUGGUCUUCUGGCUCGGUUAAGGCAUCCUAAUAUUGUUUCCUUAUACAAAGUAAUUGACACCGGAACAACAGUGGUAUUGCUUCUGGAAUUGAUUACAGGAGGCGAGCUAUUUCAUUGGACUCCAUCCGGUGAAACAGAAGCUGCUCAUGUGGUGCGUCAAGUUUUAAUGGCACUUAGUCAUUUACAUUCCCAUCAAGUUGCUCAUUUGGAUAUUAAGCCUGAGAAUAUUCUAUUGUCGACACCACCACCGAUGCCUAGCAUUAAGCUAAUAGAUUUAGGUCUAUCGCAUCGGUUAGUACCUGGUUCAGAACAUAGAGCAUUAUUUGGCACACCUGAAUUUGUGGCACCAGAAAUUGUAAAUUAUGAACCACUCAGCUUGGGAACUGAUCUUUGGGCUGUUGGUGUAUUGACGUAUAUUCUUCUGAGUGGAGCUUCACCAUUUUUAGGCGAGGAUAAGCAAGAGACAUAUGCAAAUGUUGCUGCUUGUCAAUAUCAAUUUGACAAUGAAUAUUUCAAUAAUGUGUCCGAAAUUGCCAAAGACUUUAUAAGAUCCUUAUUAAUCAAGGAUCCAAAGGAGAGAGGAAAUGCUGAAUCGUGCCUUAAACAUCCUUGGAUUCUCACGGAAUCUGAAGCUCCUCAGGGUCUCGGUGGAGCAAUGAUCAGUGCUGUAAAGCGAGGCUGUGUUGAGGCUGUCUCUCAGUUACUGUUACAGGGAGCUCCAUUAAAUGUGAAAGACUCUAAAGAAGACACUCUUUUGCACAUUGCUUGUGAAAUUGGCGAUGAGGGAAUGACGACUCUUUUGAUAGAAAGCGGAAUCGACUUGGAUACACCGAAUAAACAAGGUCUUACGGCAUUACACGUGGCUGCUCGAUACGGACAUAUUAAUCUGGUCAGACAUUUGUGCCUUGCUGGUUGCGACGUCGAUAAAACAAAUCGGGGGAUCCGAGCGGACGUCACGGCAAUUAAAUAUGGACAUCCAGAUAUCGCAAGUUUAUUGGAUAAGUUGAGAAAUUUGAAUCAGCGCGAAAAUUACAUUCGUCAGCUACAACCGACACACCGACCGAUAGAUCGACUGCACAUAAGAUUGCUCGGGCAUUGUGCAUCUGGGAAAUCAUCCUUAAUUAAUUCUUUGAAAUCUGGAAUAUUUAGUUUUGGCUUCUUUCGAAGAUCGAGAAGCCAGAAUUGUAGCGCGAAGAGAGAACCAAGCAUUGAACUCGAUGUGACGAGUAAGCAUGGUUCUCUUAGUUUUGAGUACAGCGACAAUGAGUAUGAAGGUACUCAGGGAGUAGAAUGGAGUCGCGGUAAUGUAGGUGGCGAGUGUGUCUUUUGGGAGUUGUGUGGACGCGAGGAAUUUUUGGCGUCUUAUCACUACGUACUUACAUUCCAGCAACCAGCAGUGCAUCUUAUUACAGUCAGUUUAAGAGAACCAUUGACCGUUCAACUUCAACAGAUAAAAUUCUGGCUGCAGUUUAUAUUGGACCGUAUUAAUCCAAGUAAUGUUGGAUUUAGUGGAAAGUGCAACGAUGUAAAAGUAAUUUUAGUCGGCACUUAUGCGCCGGAACCUUUAGCCCCAAAUUCUACCGGCGGCAAUCUACUUGCACCGCUUUUGCCAUUUUUGAAAGACUUUACGUCGAUUUUGGGGGAAGAACCUCAAAUGGUAGCAUUGGACGCAACCAAUCCUUCUAGUCCUGGCCUGAAACUCCUCAGAUCUUAUUUAAAUAAUGCAAGAAUGGAAUUUCUCGAGGAUGGACCGGAAGUUGCAGAAAGUAUUCUCCGACGUGACGCGCCGCGUGCUGCGGCUACGUACGUGCCCCUGGCGAAUCUUGAUAAACAGAGCGCCUUAGUAUGGACUGGUCUCGCUGAAGCAUGGAGGUCGUACAUGCAAUCAUUAGAAGUGCCUCCGUUAAUGCUCACUCAGGAAGAAUUUCUGAACGAGGUUCGAAAGAUUAAUCCUUUAGUUUGUUUGGAUCAUUGUAGACAUCUCGGAUUACAGUUACAGAACUUGGGAGAAUGCAUUCUUCUGCCUGGAAACCUGAUAGUACUUAGUCCUGAAUGGUUUUGGCAAGAUGUGUUAAAUUGGCAAUUAAGUCCCGAUCAAAGAGGACGAUUGGGCGGUCGAACCACCGGUGUUUACACUUUAGAAGAUUUUCAAGCACGAUGCCCGUGCCCUGCCGGUCAAGCUCUGCAAGCUUUGCAAGCAGUCAAUUUAUGCGUUCCGUGUGAAGUGGAUGACGAUGAAGUGGAAUACGAGAUACCGUGCUUAAACCUUGUAGAGCGUCUUCCGGGUUUAUGGGAACCAUGGAAACCAUGUUCUAAUGCUUUACCUCAUGCUGGUUUACGCCUUUGUCCAGAAGAAGCGCCUUUAUAUCAUUUGACUGCGAUAUUUACGCAUUUACAGGCGCAAUUGAGAAAAAUUACUCAAACAUGGGAUCCGUCGAAUUCAGAUUUGUAUCAAUGGUGGCGAGGAUCAAAGCUGUGCUUAGGACCUUGCGAGAGUAUAAUCACUUUCGAGGAAGAGGAACAUAGCUGCGUGGAAAUUCAGAUUCGCGGUCCACGUGGUUCUAGUGCGCAAUGUUUCGCUCUUCUUAGCGUGAUCCUGGACGCGAUGGAUACGACCAUUGAAUUAGUUGCGCCUGGGAUGUUACUUGAGAGACAUUGGCUAAGUCCUAGUCAGCUUCGAGAAUAUGACGAGGUAAUUCACUCUUGGGCGCCGGCUACUGUUAUAUCGGCUUUAAUCGACAAAGGCCUCGAAGAGGCUAUCCUUAAAAAUCCUUUAAAUGACCGGCAAGAAACCGUAUGGGAGAUAGUGAGUUGCGGGUUGCCGUUGAUGGAGAAUUGCGUUCCCGGACCCAAGCAACCUGUGAAACACAUAAAACCCGCGGUGCAGCGGCGAUUGGCGCAGAUGCUGGAUCCGCCUGAUCAUCAUGGAAGAGAUUGGUGCUUACUUGCUGUAAGACUCGGUUUAGGAGAUCGCGUCGCCCAGCUGGACAGUACAGUAGACAGUCCAACUUUGAGGCUACUGAAUUGUGCGGGUGCAGAAUGUACCGUCGGUUCGUUGGUGCAACAAUUGCGAGCUCUUGAUCGCGAAGAUGCCGUGCAUUUGUUGCUCACAUAUACUCCAACUUACGUACUAAUGAUGUCCGUCGACUCCGAGACAGGGUCUAAUCUUUCCAGAUGACGAUGCUGCUCUCAAUGGCGCAUUAGCACCUUCUAGGUGUUCUUUUUGCUGAAACGCCGCGCAUUUGAUAGAUAGCAUCGUCUUUCUAUUUCCGCCCAGUGUAAAUCAUACGUUAAUUUAUUAAGUAUGUGUACAUCCCGAUAUGUAAUUUAACUUCAGCGAUCGAUCGCAUUGCACUUCGAGUUGAAUGAUAUAAGAGGGAUCUGUGACAUUUGUUAUAGACUGUUUAUUAUUUUAUAUUCUUUCUUUUUCUUUAAUGUUUUUAUUUUGUACUUACUAGCCGAUAAAAUAUUUCUUUAUUUACAUUGUACCGUAUUAAUUAACAGUAUAAUUAUUCUAAACGGAAAUUGAUUUCUUUUUACGCUUUUUAAUUUGUGUUAUGAAAUUACUUAAUGUAUUAACUUAAUGUAUUAAUGUAUUUAAUGUAGUUAUUUUUAUUUCUUGAUAAAGUUGCGCUGUGAUUAAUAUC